AUGAUAAAAAGGGUCUUUGACAUUGCAAAUAGAAUAACGACAAAGAACUGGAAGCACUUCAGGCCGCCGUUCAUUUAUAAGAAAAUAAAACUGAUUGGUGAACGUCCUUCUUUGUCUGUUUUCAUGGCACCCCGAACAAAAAGGCAAAAGCAAAUAAAUAAUUUGCCAAGAAAGAAAGGCUGCUAUCUUAACCAAAAGAACCAAAUUUUCAUGGAGUUACUAAAUAUAACCACAAUUAAAUCGCAAGAAGAAUGGACAGAAAAUAAACUAAUAGAAUUCGAGGGAGUAGGAACAAGGCUUAUCAAUGAAAUUCUCAGAUGGCAUAAGGAUGCUGCAAAACACCUUAGAACAGGAAAUUAUUUCAUAAAGACAGGAGAGCUUCUUCCUUAUCGCCAAGGUAAACAUACCAAACUUGAAAGCUUAAUUAAUGACGAGAAUUUUAGUGAAGAUUAUAUAGAGUGGUUAAGGCAACAAAAACUAGAAAAGACACUAUAUCAGAGAGGAUGUGUAGAAAUUAUAUGUAUUCGUGAGGUUUUAAAUAUGAUGAGAGAAGAAAGGAUAUUUUCUUUGAUGGUCAUAAGAGACCAGAUGUGGUGGCAUAUAGGAACGAAUGACAAAAAUAUUUUGCGCUCAAAACAUCUGGGAUGUUCUAUAAUGGUCUCUGCUUUUUUGUGCCCUUGCCAUGGACUAUUAUGCCUAACUGAUCAACAGCUAUAUGAAAAUCCGUAUAUUAAAGAUAAAGAAACAUUUGUGAUUCAUUCUGUUCAGGUAGAUGGAUAUUGGAAGGCAGAGCAUAUGCUUAAACAGCUUGUAAGUAAAGUAAUCCCAGUAUUUGAAAUAUUGCACCCCAGGUGUAUCGGUAUGUUUUGCUUCGAUCAAUCUACUAAUCAUAAUGCUAUAGCAGAGGAUGCACUAAUCGCAAAAAGGAUGAACUUAAGUUCUGGAGGGAAACAACCGAUGAUGCGAAAUGGUUGUUUUAUUGAUGAAACUGAAAAAAAAUGUGUGCAACCGAUGGUAUUUCCAAAUGAUUAUCAAAAGGAGGAGUUAAGAGGCAAGCAAAAAGGUUUGAGGCAAGUGCUUGAAGAGCGAAAACUCUGGCCUGCAGAAAAGGUUCUGCUAGUAUGCAAAAAAUGUUCUGGAAAAUGUACUGAUAAUGGCCCAGAAAA